AUGAUUCGUAUAUUUACGUUAAUACUUGUAAUUUUACAAUGUUGUAAAGCAAUUGAUUCUAACGAAUAUGACUUUAUUAUCGUUGGUUCUGGUGCCGCCGGUUCAGUUAUGGCUAAUAGAUUAUCUAAGGAUCCUUCUAACAGGGUUCUUCUACUGGAAGCUGGAAACAGACCUAAUUUAGCGAGUCAGAUUUACGCACUAUCUUUAGAUGAAAGUAAUGCAAGACAUGACUGGAAUUACACGUCCAUCCCACUAAAAAGAAUUGGUCAGGGAUUACGAGAAAGGCGCCUCUCAAUAGCAGCAGGUCGAGUUUUGGGAGGUUCAGCUUCCAUAAAUGUAGGUCUCUACUUUCGAGGAAAUAGACGUGACUAUGAUAACUGGGCUCGAAAUGGAGCAAUCGGUUGGGAUUGGAAAAAUGUUUAUCCUUAUUUCUUAAAGAUGGAAGACAAUCGAGAUGUUGGGAUUGUUGUAAACGGGUACCAUGGUGUUGGUGGAGAAUUAGUUAUUCAGUUUCCUCCCUUUCAUACUGCAUUGACAAAUGCAUAUAAUGAAGCAGCGGAAAGUAUUGGUUAUCCGUAUGGAGAUUACAAUGCACAGCAUCAAACUGUUUUUAUGCAGCCUCAAGGUGCAAUCAAUCGUGGAAUAAGAUGGAGUGCAGUUCGAGGUUUUAUCGAUCCAAUCAUAGGAAGGAGGAAUUUUCGAUUGAUUACGUCUGCAUUUGUAACUAAAGUAUGUAAAAAGAAAAAAAGAGGGUACCAUGGUGUUGGUGGAGAAUUAGUUAUUCAGUUUCCUCCCUUUCAUACUGCAUUGACAAAUGCAUAUAAUGAAGCAGCGGAAAGUAUUGGUUAUCCGUAUGGAGAUUACAAUGCACAGCAUCAAACUGUUUUUAUGCAGCCUCAAGGUGCAAUCAAUCGUGGAAUAAGAUGGAGUGCAGUUCGAGGUUUUAUCGAUCCAAUCAUAGGAAGGAGGAAUUUUCGAUUGAUUACGUCUGCAUUUGUAACUAAAAUAUUAAUUGACGAAGAUAACAGGGCAUAUGGUGUUUUAUUCCAUCACAAUGAGAAGACACUCAUGGCAUUUGCAAGAAAGGAAGUGAUAAUAUGUGCCGGAACUUUGAAUUCUCCCAAAUUGCUUACGUUGUCUGGAAUUGGUCCGAAAAAUGUUUUACACAAUUUACAUAUACCAGUGAAAAUGGAUCUUCCUGUAGGGAAUAAUCUACACGAUCAUACUUCGACUACAGCAAUGCAAUUUCUUGUUGAUUCUUAUACGUUUUCGGAACAUCGAUUUACUAAAGAAGAUUACCAAGAACUUCUAAUUAAUGGAACGGGUUCAAAACAUUGUUUGUUAAUGGCGUCCACAAAAUCUAUGAGGAUGUUUGGUGUCAGACCUCUUCCGUUUAUUAUGCCAGGAUGUGAACAUUUUAAACCAUUCAGCGAUGAAUAUUUGGCUUGUAUAGUUUCCGUUUUGCCUCUCACAGGAUAUCAUUUUGUUGGAACCUGCAAAAUGGGUCAUCCUGAUGAUCCUUCUUCAGUAGUAGACCCAAGUCUCAAAGUUAAAGGUAUCCACGGACUAAGAGUUGUCGACGCAUCGAUUAUUCCUUCAUCGAUUGGGGCCGCUACAAUGGCUCCUACUAUGAUGAUAGCAGAGAAAGCAGCAGAAAUGAUACUUCAUAAUUUAUAA